AUGUUAGGGAGUUUUUGUUUGAGAUAUAAUGUGCAACAUAUGCUGGCACCACCGUAUCACCCUAGUUCUAAAGGAAAGGUAGAAAUAUUGGUGGCAGUUGUUAAGAGUUGGUUGAGAAAGGCCAAAGAAGGCAAAGAAGAAAUUUUGAUUGCUCAUUUAUAUUAUAAUAAUGGGGUAGGAAAGGAUGGUAAAUCUCUUUCAGAAAAAAUGUUGGGAAGAAAAACUAAUGCUUUUUUAGAUAUGUUGAAACCUGUUUCGAAAAUUUUAGAAAUUGAAAAUAAUGUGGAAUAUGAAUAUGAAUAUAUAGUUGAACAAAAGGUCUGGGUUAGAAUGUAUGGGAGUGGUAAAAUAUGGGAAAGGGGAAUAAUUAUAGAUUAUUUAGUUAAUAAAUUAUGUCAAAUAUAA